AUGACAAACAGAGGACGACGCACCCACCAGCUGUAUUGGUCAACAGAAGGCUUCCCCACGUUCAGCCAUCGUGACCGUCUCCGUGCCAUCAGUAACACCAAGGGCACAGAUUCCUCCCAGAGCCCCAAACCUGCCUGCCCUGUGUUUAAGCUUCAACCGCUGAGGACAGAGCUGAUGCCGGGCAAGACUGUGGAGAUGGUGCUGGAAGGCUCCUCCAGCACUCCCCAGGUGGUGAAGGAGCGGCUGCUGUGUCACGCCGUGGUGGGGAGCAAGGCGGGGAAGGCACAGAUAAUGCAGAUGGACGUCACGUGUGAGUUCGUUGAUCCCGUUCUGCAAGUGUCUACCAGAGAAAUCGCAUUCCGGGUGGAGAAGCUACCCAGUGACGUCCUCAGCCUACAGCAUAAGCCUCUUUCUUUAAAAAACAUGUCCUCCCUGCCGCUGGGCGUCGUCCUGGCCUUAGACCAACCCUUCCGAGUCUGUGAUGCGGCCCGGCAGCCCCUCCCUGCAGAUGUCCAGCCAACGAAGCUGGAGGUAGGGGAGGAACGUCAUUUCUCCAUCGGAUUUAACCCUGCUCACGAGGAGCGUCUGAAUAGCUGGGUGGCAGAGAAGGCUCUGAAGAUACAGCUGCUCGAGCAUCCUCACGAGGAGCAGGUCACUGUUCGGGGAGAAGUCUUCUUCCCAAAUCUCCAGUUCCAGACCAUGGCCGUGGACUUUGGGUGCAUCUUGAAUGACACUGAGGUGGAGCGUUACAUUGAGAUGACCAACUGCAGCCCGCUUCUCGUCCGGUACCACUGGUCAUUCCUGACGGGCGGCCACGCGAGCCAGCUGAGGUUCAGCCCUCCAGCACCUAAACUGUUCAUCAAACCCCAGCCACCGAAGGAGGAGGGAGCCUGCUCGGAGCACUCGGCAUCUGCAGAGAGCAGUGUCAGUGACGGAUGCGUAGAGGAGCCAGCUGAAGCCCUGGGAGCAGUGGGGGAUCCUGCCCAAGAGCCAGCAGAUGCAGAGGACUCCCUGGAAGCAAAGCUGCUGCCGUCCGCUGCUGUGGAUCUGGAAAGUCGGAGGCCGGUGAGGACCCAGGAAAGGAUGCGGUUUGUGGAGGUGGAGCCCCUCCCCUCGGGAGUGGAGGAGGUUUUUGAUGUCCUGCCACUGUACGGCGUGCUGCCGCCGGGCAAGAGCCAGCGCGUCACAUUCACCUUCGUUGGCCGCACAAACAUUGCUGCCCGUGUCAUGGCGCUGUGCAGUGUGGAGGGAGGCCCGACCUACGAGAUUGCGCUGAGUGGGGAGGCUUCGCUCAUCAACUACUUCCUUGACGUGACGGAGAUCGACUGCGGGCUGCAGCUGUUUAACAAAGUCAGGGAAGCGGAAGUCACCCUGCAGAACAGAGGGAAGAUGGGAUUCACCUACGUGGUGCUCGGCUCCAGCGCAGCCGCUGCGGACAGCCCUCCGCUCGGCGUGCCCCUGGCCGUGCCCAGCACGGGUUACAUUGGACCUGGCAAGGAGCAAGUGCUCAAAGUCUGUUACCUGCCAGGAGUGCCUGGAGUCUUCUGCAGGGCUUUGCAGAUUCAAGUGGGUCACCUGGAACCAGCAAGCAUCACCCUGAGAGGAGAAGGGACCCUUCCCAGGAUCUGCUUGGACCUGCCCAGGAACAUCAGCGGAAAUGCAAAAUAUGAGAAGGUCCUCAAAGAGGCCAAAGAAAAGAUGGCAAAGGACAGCCAGCGAGCUGAAGCAGUUGCUUUGGGGGAGGCGGCGGCCGCGGAGCCACCCAGGGACGAUGCGGACACCGCGUGGGACACGCAGCUGCAGCUGCAGAUGGAGCAGUUGCUGAUAGAGGAACAUGCCCUGGAGCAGCAGAAAGCUCUCAGCUCCGGUCCCCCAGAGGAAGCGGCCUUUGACCAGCGUGCUCGUCGGAGGCUUCUCAAAGUUCAGCUGCCUGAGUACAUCCUGGACUUUGGCUGUGUCAUUCCUGGUACCGUCCGCACACACCUUGUGAAGAUCACCAACCCCGGGCGGUUGCCUGUGUCCUUCCUCGCCGAUAGACGUGUCUUUUGUGGCACAGGUUUCAGCGUGGAUCUGGACCAUGUGAAGUGCCUGCCCUGCUGCAGGACUAAGACAUUCAGAGUGCGCUUUGACCCACAAAGCGCCAACCUGCCACUGGGAGAGGUGGACGUGCUCCUGCCCAUCAAGGUAGCAGGUGGCCCCACGUUCCAUGUCCGCCUCCGUGCCGACGUGACUGUGCCGUCCCUCUGCCUCUCCAGGGACAGGCUGGAGUUCUCCGCUGUCCAGUGUGGGCAGUGCCGGGAAGAAACUGUCCAGCUCCACAAUCAGCUCCAGGUCCCCUGUCAAUGGUUCGUCACCGUGCACGAGCCUGUUAAGGUGGACAAAUGCUUGUCAGCGAGCAUGCGUCGGAAGCUGCUGCAGGAGUUGGAAGCCAAGCCCCGUGUCUUUGAGGCACUGCCCUCGGCCGGAACCCUCGCUCCCGGACAGCGAUGCAACAUGCGAGUCAGGUUUUCACCCGUGGAAGAGAAGUCCUACAGAAGGAGGCUGAAGAUUAACAUUUGCCAGAGCAGCCAGCACCUCCAGCUGCAGGUCUCGGGACAAGGUCUGGAGCCGCAGCUGGAGUUCAGCCCCCCAGUGCUUGAGCUGGGACCGGUGCUGCCAUACAGCCGUGGGGCGGAGGGGACAGUGGUGGUGAAGAACCCGUGCGAGUUUCCCAUCGAGUUUUACUCGCUGGAGUUUGACCAGCAGUACCUUGAGGAGGAGCAGGUCCUGCACAUGCUGAAGGACUACGACAGCCGCAACACCUUGUUGCUGCCUCUGCGUGGCCCGGGUGAGAAGCUGCCCCCAGAGGUGCUGGAGUACUCUCAGGACCAGAAGAGGCUGCAGGAUGAUCAAGCAAAGCCCAAGACCGGGGACCCAGCGGACCAGGACAAGGCAGAGCACCAGCAGAGCACCAGCAGCAGCAAGGAGGCUGCGGGAGAGCUGGCCGACAGCCCUGUCCAUAGGGCCAUCGCCCGCCACCUGGGCAUCGAUAUCCCUGCAGAAGGGCGCACAGGCGGAAACCGCAGAGGGAUCGUCAUCAUCGUCCAUGGGGCACCUCGGACAGGAAAGACAGCGGCAGCGGUCGCCCUGUCCAAAUAUUACGGCGCUGCCUGCUUGUCCAUCGACGCCGUGGUGACAGAAGCCAUCUCUGACGGGAGCAGCGCGGCAGGGCUCCGUGCCCGGGAGCUGUGCGUCAGGGCUGCCGCUGAGCAGAGCCACAAGGAGACAGAGGAUGAGGGUCACAAUGCAGAUGUCUCUCUCAGCGUGCAGUGCCACGCCAAGGCCGGGCACAGCUCAGUGCUGCGCCAGUCCAGCUCUGGGGAGGACGGCAGCCUGCAGUCCCCGAGUUCCCAAAGGCCGGUGAGCACUGCAGCAAGCAAGAGGAAGGCGGAUGGCCGUGCAUCCCAAUCCCGGGAACAGCAUCGAAGGGAUUCGACAAGCUGCCAGGGCUCCUCCAUUUCUCAUCUCCACCCUCCCCUUCCCUGCGUCCCUGCGCGGCGACGGCUGAGCAUCGGUGGCAGCACAGAGGGAGGGCUGGGCUGUCUGAGCUGCGUGCUGCCCGAGGACUUGCUGGUGGCCAUCCUCUCCGAAAGGCUCCAGCUGAGUGACUGCUACCAGGGCGUGGUGUUUGAUGGCCUGGAAACCCUCUUUGCGCACAACAUGGCAUCUGCUCUCCUCUGCCUGCUCAAAGCUGUUGGAAAUCGGCCUCACAUCUACGUCGUGAACCUGUUCCAGGAUUAUGUGUCCUUUAAAGCCAGGGAGACAGCUGCAAAAGAGCAGGAAGGACGGGAGCAGGAAGAAGCUGCCCGCAGGGAGAGAGAACGUCUCUGGGAGAUGGACGAGGAUGAGUAUGAUGCCCUCAGUGCGGAGCAGAAAAUUCAGCUUCAUAACAAGAUACGCCAAGUCCAGCGCGAGAGGAGGCAGAGGGAGAUGGAGCAGCUAGCUCGAGAGCUGGAGGAAAAGCGUCGGCAGGAGCUGGAACGCUUGAAGGAGGAAGAGCUGAAGAAUUCUGAGCAGGGGAAGAGAAAGACUGGAAAAGGCCAAGAGAAUGCUUUGAGGAGGAAAAGCUGGCCUGGUGUCAAGCAGGGCAUGAACAGUCCCACCAGCAACACCAACACAUCCAACAGCCGGAGGUCGGAGGUCGCCAAGGGGGUGGUCAAGACACGAUCUGUAAGGAAGCACCCGGGCUCUGUUGCACGUUGCACAAAGGAAGAUGAGCAAAAGCAGAGCAAGGUCACCCUGAUGGAUGCCCACCUGGCAGCGGCUGCACACCCCACAGACCUGGAAGAGGGGGAAACCAAAAAUGAGGCCCAGAGUGACAGCGAGAACUUAGCCCUGAGGUUUAAUAUCUACGAGAUGUCGCAGAAGGAUGUUGCGCAUAUUUUGUCAUCCUGGGACAGGGUUCAGGGUAUCCUGCUGUUCCCCCUGAACCACGAGGACGCACGGCACCCAGCAGAAGAGCAGCCCCAGCACACAUCCAGCCCCAGGAGCCGGAGGGACAGAGAGAAGGAGCAUCAGGGGAGGCUGGAGAAAGAGCAUCUGGCAGAAAUGAAGGCUCUUGAGGAUGCCAGAAUACCUCAGCUGGAAGGGGAAGGUGCAAAAGGGUCAGCCAGAGGCCAGGGUGUCGGGGUGCCCUGCUUGGACAUCCAGGUGCUGGGCUCAGAAGAUGUGACUAGGAAGAUCCUGGUGAGCAGCGAGCUGCCAGCGGCAGAGCAGGUCCUGGAUAGCCUUGGACUGGGUCCCUCCGGGCUUCCCAUCCCCCCUACUGCUUUCUACUCCGUGAUCCACUACCCGGCAGAGCGGAUGGCCCCUGCAGCAGAAGCCCUCAAGCACUUUGUCUUUGUUGUGCCAGAAGGCGCCACUGCAGAAGAAGACAAGAAUGCUGCCACCCCAGAGGAGCAGGUCGCCCCUGUGAGGAGCCAGUCGAGUGAGGAGAAAGCUGCGGGCAGCUGGGAGGCUGCGAGGGAGAAGCAGAGCUCCGGUCAGGGCAGGAGAUGUCUCCAGGGGCUGGACAGGGAAGCACCCGUAUCUUCUCCUGGGGCGCACCAAAGCGGCGAGGGCAUGGUCCCAUCCCCUCCGAGACAUGUCAGGCUGAGCAGCUGCCGGUGGAUAGUGCCUGCCCGCGGCGAGGUGGAACUGAAGGUCCACUUCAGCUCCACGGUGCUGGGCCAGUUUGAGCAGACGCUGCGUUUCGAGAUCCUGGGGACAAAGCGACUGUACCAGCUGCCCUGCAGGGGCACCUGCCUGUACCCCACCAUCAGCCAAGACCCACGGCUGGUGUUUCCCCACCGAAGGAAGAGCAAGGCAGACGACGACAUUGUCUUCAAGCAGUAUGUCACGGAGACGGGUGUCUUCCACUUUGGACCGCUGCUGUGUGGGAAGUCAAGAAACUGGUACGUGCUCCCCGCCCUGAGCGAGCAUCCUGAUGCGCUGCCUGCGCAGCAUGGGACGUUGGGAUGGCACCUCCAGGGCCUCGUGCUGUCACGGACACGUCUGGGGACGAGCCGUCCCAGAGGCACAAUUCAGGGCAGGCCCAGGUGGAGACCUGCCUGGGAGAUGCAGGGGGCUGAAGGGCCACAGAUGUGUGAACUUGAGCAGAUGAUGGGCAAGUGAGUCCUGGAGGAGCAGGGGAGAGACGGAGCUGAUCUUCCUCCCCGGUGGGUGC